GACUGGAGGCAGAAUUAACUCCCAGCAAAACAACUCUGAAUUUAACUUGCACUUCGCCAUGCCGAAGAAAGCAAAAGGAAAAGGGAAAAAAGGUGAAAAGUCUGAGCCGAAAGUUUCCACGGAAUCGGAUGCGGAAAAGGCAAUGGCAAAUGCCGCUUUGUGGGAAUCCAGACUGAAUGUUACUGAGAGAUCACGAGUGGAGUAUCGGAACACAGCACGAAUGCUUGCAAGAGCCAAUGAAACUUUAGUAAACGAUCGGUUUCAGGUAGAGAGGGAUGCUGUGGAAGUGAUCUCAUAUUUAAAGAAACAGGACUUGGAGAAAGAGACAAAGAUCAGCCAACUUCAACAGCAGAUAAUAGACCAAAAGCAACAAGCAGUUGAUGAGAAUAAGAAACUGAUUGAGAUCCAUGCCCGACAAACUGAGCAUUUGCAAAACAAAAUGUUGCAAAAGACGAAAGAAAUGCAGCUGAUUCAAGGGGAACUGAACAGGGUCAAAGAAUUCAGGAAGAAGCAGGUUUUCCUGGAAAAUGAAUUGGAUGAUAUAAAAGACGCCAUGAACACGGCAAACAAAGAGCACAAAGAAACGCUGAGGCAGCUGGAAAACAAGUUUUUUGAAGAAAAGAUCCGUCUGGAGCGGGAGGCAGAACAGAGGCUGAAUCAGCUGACUGAGCAGGCUCACACUGAAGCCAUUAUGAAUCUUAACGAAAGGGCUCAAUGUGUCUUUAAAGAAAAUAUAAGACUACAUGAGACAAUAAAGAUCUACAAGAUGGAAGAAGAACAAAGGAGGAAGAGUUACAAGGCUCUAGAAGAUAAAAACACACAGCUUGCCAGUGAAAAGGAAACCAAUGAGCAAUUAGUGAAAGAAAAGGUGUCAGACAGCAGGCAGCAGAGAGAAAAGAUCAGUGAGCUUCAAACAAAGGUUGAGAACCUGGAGAAAGCAUUGGGACACAUGGUAGCCGAGUUUGAGACAGCAAAACAGAAGAUGAAGCAAGAAACAGACUUGAAAAUGGCAACCAGUCAGGUGGAGAUCGCAAGGCUAGGGGCAGUGAUUAAGUUGAAAGAUAAAGAAAUGAACCGGGUAAAGAAACUUGCUAAAAACAUCCUGGACCAGCGCACUGAUGUGGAAAUGUUUUUUCUACAAUCCCUUGAAGAAGUGAGACAACAGAUUGCCUAUAGUCGGGCUCAAUAUAAACAAGCAGCUCAAAUUGCAUUUCAGAGAAAAAUGUUAAAGGCAUAUACUGGCAAGGAGGAUUAUCCCAAAAUCAGGACCUUUGCCAAAAGUGAGCAUAGUACAAACUGUGUGUACCAAGAUAUGGAAGAAGCUGAUAAGAGCAUUCACGUUGGAAAAGUGAGUAUUUCUGACUUGACCUGGGAGCAGAAGGAGAAGGUUUUACGCCUUUUGUUUGCAAAGAUGAAUGGAUUGAAAACAAACAGGAAACAGUAUAAUAAAAGUCUGGUCUCUUCAGCUUCACCUGAGAGCGUAUUGAGCAUAAGAGAGGCAGAACAAGCAAGCACACAAGAUGAAAACCCCAAUCCCACUUUUAUAACCCAGGCUCCUAUUGAUUCUGUUUCAAGCCAUGUCAGCACUUUACCAGAUCACCAGCUGCCUAAGGAAGUUACAUUGCCAGAAAUUGUACCAUCAUAAGAAAUUGUAAAAAUCAACAGAUUUAUAGUGGAUUAGUAUCCCAGAAGGUGUACUUGAGAAAAGUC